CGGGGGCACCAGGCGCUGGGCUCACUGAGACUACAAUUGAGGACGUGCGCUGCAUCGCACCAGCAUCCACACAAAGAGUCGUGCAAAGCACCGCCUUGUCACCGGUAUUGACCUUCUCGGCUCUGCAGCAGCAGCGCGAAUCGUGCACCGCGUGUCUCCCUGUCCUGCAUCCAUCCAUCCAUCCAGAUCACCAUGACGGCGAAUGGAACCAGCGACAUGCUCAAAAUCCAGUUUGGGCUCAUCAACUGUGGGAACAAGUAUCUCACGGCUGAGACAUUUGGCUUUAAGAUCAAUGCGUCUGCCACCAGCAUGAAGAAGAAGCAAAUCUGGACCCUGGAGCAGAAUGGUGAGGACUCCAAUGUGGUGUUCCUAAAGAGCCAUCUUGGGAGGUACAUUGCAGCAGACAAGGAUGGCAAUGUGACGGGUGACAGUGAAACCCCUGGUGCAGACUGUGGCUUCAUCAUCACAGCCCAUGAUGAUGGGCGCUGGUCUUUGCAGUCAGAGCCACACAAGCGCUAUCUGGGUGGCACUGAGGACCGGAUCGUGUGCUUUGCGCAGACCAUCUCUGUGGCGGAGAAAUGGAGUGUCCACAUUGCCAUGCAUCCUCAGGUUAACAUAUUCAGUCUCACCAGGAAGCGGUAUGCCCACCUGAGCACCAAGGUGGAUGAGAUUGCCAUUGACAGGGAUGUCCCUUGGGGCGUUGACUCGUUGAUCACUCUGGUGUUCCAAGACCAGAAGUACCACCUCCAGACAUCAGACAACAGGUUCCUCAAGAGCGAUGGCUCCUUGACCCAGAAGCCCGAGAAGGUGACUGGAUACACUCUGGAGUUCAGGUCUGGGAAGGUUGCUUUUAGGGACUGUGAAGGGAAGUACCUGGCUCCCUCUGGUCCCAGUGGAACCAUGAAGUCUGGCAAGAGCUCCAAGGUUGGGAAAGAUGAGCUCUUUGUGUUGGAGCAGAGCCACCCCCAAGUGGUGCUUACUGCUGGCAACGAAAGAAAUGUCUCAACAAGGCAGGGCAUGGAUCUCUCAGCCAACCAGGAUGAGGAAGGUGACCAGGAGACCUUUCAGAUGGAGAUCAGCAAGGACACAAAGAAGUGUGCCUUUAGGACUUGCACUGGGAAAUACUGGACCCUCACUGCCAAUGGUGGCCUGCAGUGCACUGCUUCUACCAAAUCUGCUAACUGCUACUUUGAUAUCGAGUGGCGUGAGAAGAAAAUCACCCUGAAAGCUGCCAAUGGAAAAUAUGUGGCUGCCAAAAAGAAUGGACAGCUCGCAGCCACCAUUGAAUCAGCUGGAGACACAGAAGAGUUCUUGAUGAAGCUCAUCAACAGGCCCCUCAUUGUCCUUCGAGGGGAACAUGGAUUCAUUGGCUGCAGGAGGGUCACUGGGACCCUGGAUUGCAACCGCUCUUCCUAUGAUGUCUUCCAGCUGGAUUUCAACAAUGGGGCCUACAGCUUAAGAGAUAGCACUGGAAAGUACUGGAUCGUGGGCAGCGAGUCCACUGUGACCAGCAGCAGUGACACCCCAGUUGACUUCCUGCUGGAGUUCUGUGACUACAACAAGGUGGCAAUCAAGUCUACUGAGGGAAAGUACCUGAAGGGGGACCAUGCUGGGGUAUUGAAAGCCAAUGCUGACACCAUUGAUAGCUCCACCAUGUGGGAGUACUAGAAGCACUUUAGUUACCACUGUGGCUUUUCAUGGUGUUUUCUUUUUCAGUUACUUUAUUUUUUCAUUAAUGUGCUUGCAUGUGACAUUUCAAUAGCUCAGAGGGCAUAUUUGAGUCUGUCAAUGGUAUCUAAAUCUUUCAGUCUUAAGUCAUAACCUUGAUGCUUUGCACAGAUUCAGCUGUGGGUUACAGUAAUGUUCCUCAAACUAUGGAAUAAUCUGAGGUAUGUCAGUCAAAGAAUUAAAGCUGCCUGCUCCAAUUUCUAUUUGUGAAACAGUACUUAAGGAAUAUAGAUGUCUGCUUUCUUUAAAGCCCAAGGUACACCAAGAACAAUUUGUCUUAAUUUUUUUUUAAACUGGAAAUGGUAUAAGCAGACUUGUUCUCAAUGCCUAGUACCUUCCACAAAUUCUGUGGGAGACCACAAACAGGAUUCUGUACAAUAGAUCUGUUCUUAGUCUGAGGAGGUGGUCUUGUGUUGUGAGAAAAUCUUGGAAGGUUUGUAAUAAGUGGCUUUUGAAAUUUUGAAAGCAAAUGGUGCAGGUAUUCUUUGCUGUAGGCUUGUCUGCCAAAAGUACUUGGAGGUAUACACAAUCUACCUGUCAUGAAUUUACAGACUUUGAGUGUCUUGUGUACAUUAAAUCCUGUCCUUUUAACCUGUUAUGUUUGCCUUGGUUACUAGGCAAUAUUUGCAUUUAAUAUAAUGCAAAAGAUCAGUAUUUACAGAUGCAGUAUGUAAAUCUUUUUCAUUGCAUGUAAAGUAACCAAUAUGAAUCAGCCAGACUUUGAAAAACAGGCACUCUUUUUUGCAAUAUCCUGUUUAAAGUGGAAUUUUUGUUAUGUGAAAACAGCAUCUCAUAAAAUGGUGACUGGGCUCACUCUGUGCCAAAAGAAUAUCCAGUCAGAGGAAGAAAUUGUAAACUGGAAAUUAGUCCUGGAAUGAACAUCAUCUCAGCUGUUGCCAUGAAGUUAGUGCAAAACAAUCAAACUCAAAAUAAAUGUUUGUCCCCACCCCCAACAAUGUGAAGCUCAGUUUUAACCUUUGGACCAUAAAGCAACUUUGUUGUCACAAUACAUCUGUAACUGUAAGCAUAAAAUGUGUAUUAAAUGGCAGUUAUGAUGUUGCAGGUUCAACACGUUGUAACUAAGAUUAAACUAAUACCCCUCCUGUCCUGGACACAUGUACUUGGGCUGGGGUAACGUUUGUGUGUGUUCCCUGCAGCUGUUAUACAGCACCCUGCUUUUAAUGACACAUUCCUUGGAACUGCAGUUUUACUGGAACAAUCCUUUUGUAAGGCACAGGCAUUAUCAUUGACUCACUGGGUACAUUCUGUCUCUUUGCUGCUUCACACAAAGGUUUUUUUAAUUUAAAAAAAAAAAA